CCGAAACCAAUUUUAAAUCGUGCACCGGGUAUUUAUUAUUUCUGUUCGUAUUAUUUUUUCCAGUAACAAUCCACCGACCGUCGCAAUCGGAACCCGUUUACACGAUUGUUCGUUCGUUUCACUCGCACUUUUAUUAUUAUCACCAACCGCGUUGCUCUUGUUCGGUACGAUCGGCGACCGUUCGCAACGAAAACUAUUCGUCGAUCAUUCAGCAUGGAUCUGUGUUCGAUUAAAGAAACCGAUACGCGUAAUAGUCGACGCGCGAUCGGACGGAAUAUUGUCCAAGUACGUAAAAUAUAAAAUUUUCGCUAUUUUUUUUUUUUCUCAUUCAAUAUUAUAUAUUAUAAUCGAGAAAGCAGAAAAACGUAAACAUCGCAUUAUUCCGGUUGGCGCGUUCGGUUUAGUUUUUAAUCCGCGGGGCUUUCGGAAACGUUAAUUUUUGACGACUGGAAACGCCGAUGUACUGCCCGAUUUCGAUUUAAGGGCAAGGUUUACGGCAGUUUUUACAGUCGAAUAUUGCGUUCUGGACGAAUAAUCUUGAGUAAAAUUCGCCCCAUUUACCGGUCACCGAAUUUUAGUUUUGAAAAUACAUUUUAAUUUAUCGAUUUCAUUUUGUUGGUAACAACAUUUAUUAGUUUUUUUUUUCAUAUAGUUCAUUUAGUUAAUUUACGUACAUCGCUGUGUGUGUAUCUACCUAUUAUUUUUUUUCUUAAAUGUAAUCCGUAUUUUGAGUAUCACGAAAAAAGAUGUGUGAAAAUUUGUCCUACCGAACACAGAAAAUAACUUAUACGAAGUGAAACCAUUUUUCAAAACAGAAGUUAUUGGACUGCUGGGAGCGUGUUUAUUUUACUCCAGCUUAUUGGUCUAAAUGCGUGUACAAAACCCUGUGGCUUUUAUCCGCCUCAAUACAGUGGCGGUUUACGGUUAAGUCGCGUAUUAGGUCCGUGUUGCCAAACACAGACAUAAAAGACACGAAAACCGUAAGUGGGGUUAUAGGUAUACGAACAGAAUGGACAAUGAUAAUUAAUUUACAUUACGUCAGUACUUGUUAUAGACAAAUUAGUGAUUACUUAUAUAAAUUAUAUCUGCUUACUCUAUAAUUUAUGAAUUACCGCGAAACAUUCGGAACCGGUUAUUUUUUUAAUAUUUUUUUUUCAUCCAUUUACGUUGGGUAUAGGCAGGUAUUGUGUGCAGAGGGUACCUAGCUGUACUGUUUGGAAUUCUCAGUCAUUAUUUUAACGCGGGCCAGAUAAUAAACGUAUUAAAUCGCCUGUUAUGAAAACUCGCGUCCGGUAUCAGUUUAUGUCUAUCUAAUUUAUCACUUUACCAAACUUUCAAUGCGCGUGUCGGAACAAAUAAUUAAAACUAAUUUGUGAUUUUUUCCUUUUGUAAAACGUGCAUCUACGCGCCUAUCUGUACAUAUGGCCAAGAACAUUUCCCUCGCCGUAUUAUACUAUUUACUUAGGCAUUUGUUAACACCAAGAGUAGCUUAUUCGCCAGUAUGAGAAAUAAUAAUUAUGCGCACACCUAUACAGUGCCCCCGUGAUUUUAAAUCUCCCUACGUAACAGGUAUUGUUUCAUUGUAUACAAUUUUAUUUGGAGAACAAUUUGCUAUACAGCUCACAGCGUAAAAACGCUUGGGAGAAGAGUGUAUACAUUUUUUUUAAUUUCGCGUUUUUUCGCACGCUCUUUAAGGCUCUACGUAAUUAAUAAUUUAUUGUUGCGGGUGUAUUUUUUAUAAUAUGCGAAUUAAUUGCAUAAACGAAGAAAUCGUGCGUUCGUCAAAAACGACUUGCAGUCAUAAUAUCCGGUGAGCGCAAGAGGAGGAAGGUUCCUCACUGCUGUCGGUUAUAACAUGAAGAAAAUAGGGUGCAAGGCUAGUCGGUGCCCAAUGAAUAUAACUAUGAGUAUUUAUUCAAUAACUAGCUAUUAUCCGCGACUUCGUUCACGUAGACUUUUCUAGACUUAUAGUACCUCCUGUAUGUGGUGUUUGAAAGAUAAAUAACUAAAAUGCAGUCUUAGAUAGUGACAGAUAGUUUAAACUAUUCUCGUUUAAUAAAAUAUAAAUACGAUAUGAUUUUCCUGAGGUUUUCACUGAAUAAACAGCGAAAUACGUGGCAAAUUGUCAAACAUUCUGGCGAUUUUUCAAUUAUAUUUCAUAACCAUUUGGAGUUCACUAGUUUUGGAGUCUACUAUAAUAUACAAUACGUUUUUCUUUUUUUGGUCAGUCAACAACUUUUCUAUCAGUAAUUUAGUCCCAAUCAGAAAACAAUAACAGAGCUUUUUUCUAGUAUUUCGGAUCUAGUUGGUGCCACUAGGAAGUCAUUUUAGUUUCUGAGCAGAACGAAGAAUAUAUUGGGUUUACAUUAAUAUUUAUUGUAAUUUUUUUUUUAAUCUACGAACAACUUUUCUACUAGUAAUUUUGCUCCGGUUUAUAAUGAUAACACUUAUUCUGAUAGAAAUGUUGACUGGGGCGGUACUUAAGACAGGUAAUUUUUUCAUUUUCCCAGCUGUUUUCAUAAUAAACGGGAAAAAACUAUGAAAAAAUGCAGGAAAAUAGGUACAAUAUUAAACAGAUAUCAUUAAAGAAAAUAUAUAAUGCAUGUGUAAUUAUUUUACUAUAAUAUGGCAUAUACUCAUAUAUUGUUGACAAAGCAAUGCUAUUAUCCGACGUCCACUCAGAAUCGUUUUUUCGUUGGCAAUGGCUAAUCGUUGCGUACAGAUAUACAUUCAAUUUUUCCUCCACCUUCUCAACUUCUCAUCUACAACAGCGGCCCACCCAUCGUGCAAAGUAUGUCCGUCUCUUUUUUGAUUUGCCUUGUCAAUUUCUUAACAAUUGAGAACAAUUGGGGAUAGAACGUAACAAAAACGAAAAAAUUACGGUAAAUUACGGUUUCAUUAUUUCGAAUUUAUAUUUAUUUUUGUUGUAAUAACCGUAGAGACUUGACAAUUUCAGAGAACACGUAUAUUAAAAUUUUAAAUAGACGUGGUAAAAUGUUAAAACAAUUUGGCGAUUUUCGAGUUAUUUAUAGGCAUUGAAUGUUUUUGAAUUGUUUUAUAUUAUACGCGUCUAAUUUCGCUUUUAUUACAAUUAUUCCUAUUGUUGUGGCGUGUCAAUAUAAUAUACUCGUAUGGUGAUUAUCUUGCUGUCCGAAGUAGGUACCUGUAUGUAUAUAUAUUGUAGUAAUAAUAUUGUAAUAACGACUUGUAUGCACCGCUAUGAAAUAAUCGGCCGUGAGAUAAUCACUUGUAUUUAAUCGCACCGUGCCGUGAAAUCAAUGUCUGUCCAUAAAUUUAUUUUUUUUUUUUUUAUCGGGAAAAGUGCAGUAUUCGAAUCGUUUAUCAGACAUACGCGUAUACCUAAGUACGUGUUAUUUUAGAUAACGGGCUAUACGCGAGGUUACCACUUACCAACAUAACAAUUAACAUUAAGACCUGUUGACUGUUUACGGGUCUAUACAUUAUAUAGAUACUAUACGUAUUAAAUAUUUGCCUAUAAUAUGAACUAUGGUGAGUACCUAUAGGGCUAUAAAUAGAUAACUGGUCAUAGUAAACGAAUCGGUCGGUAAAUAAUGUAUAAAUGUUAGUGUAUUUAAUAGGUAUUAGGUACACGCUGUUCCGCCCGACUUUGCCCGUGCAACUAAAAAGUUUCUAAAUAAAGUUAAUAGAUAAAUUGUCAUUAAAACCGUUUGCCAUAGACACCCGCACAACACAGGGAUUGGCACUACAAAAAUCAAUAAUAAUUUUUUUUUCCGUCCGUGUUACCAAGCACCAAGGCAACCCACAUAAAUCAACAACAAUAAUCAUAUUUUUAUGCUAAAAAUAGCUAAAAACAGAAUUUUAGGGAAUGGUAUUCAAUACGGGGUACUUAUUCAAUAAAUAAUUUAUAAUAUAUUAUAAACCUUGUUCGGACAACGUGGAACAACUUCCUAAAGUUUCAUGUCGAUCGGAUUAAUGGUGUGGUAAUGCAUAAAGGACAAACACACAUAUUAUGUUCGUUCUUAUAUAGUAUAGAUGAAAGAUUAUAGGUACUCAACAAAAUAUUAUAUUAACGAUUAUUUGUCGUUCACGUACCUAAUACAUUUGUAAACCGUAGGUAUGAGAAAAUAUGCGCGUAGAAUUUUUUUUUCAAGUACUCAUUCAUUAAUGUACAUUUAAAUUUUAAAACAUAAAAACAUAAUAUAAGAUACGAGUAUUUAAGAACAAAUUCUUGUCGGGUACUGUGACUAUGGUUCGGAUUGUUAGUUAAGCUGUUUUUAAUUAUUUUAACAAUAAUAUAAAAUGCAAAUUGUUAAAUCACAAAAAAAAAAAAACCUAUAUAAAUUAUAACUCACUAUACAAAACUACCUACUACGAAAUAUUAUUAUUGAUUAAUUAUGAUAUUUUUUAUAUUUGUUCCGGGUUCGUACCGAGCGUAACCAGUUUUUAACUCUGUAUUUAACCACAUCUUCUGAUCCUGUAGGAUAGUUCAAUCUUAAAAGGUUAAAACAAUAUGCACAGUGCAUUUGAUAACUUUAAUUUAAGUAAGUUACACUUUCUAGUUAAAAAUAGUCUCGCCAAUUACAAUACUAAACAUUAUAAAAUCAUUGAAAGCGUGGUUUCAGAGUUUCGUCCUUAAUCCGCCGAUUUUUAGAUUCUGAGCGUGGCUCGUGAUUAUUGGUUUUACACUAUUAUGGUGAUUUUUCGGUUUGUCCGUCCGUGAACAAAUUUUCAUCCAGAAGUCUCCGACCAAAAGCUUCUUAUAGAAGCUUUCAUGUAGGUAGUGAUUUGGGCCUAGUCGGUACUUCAGAAACAUUUUUUUGAAAAUCCAUUCGAAUUUUCUCCACAAUAAUGGGGAAAAAUGGGAAUAUUUAAUAUAUAAAAGAAUUACAACAAGGUUACGAGUAGAGGAUUCAAUAAUAGAAAAAUGAGAGACAAUGAACUGAUUAAUAGUUUGAGCAUGCCAUGUGGAGAGAAUAAUCAAAAGUAGUAACAAUGUCAAUGCAAAUUAACGUAGGAGGAAAAAGAGGAAGAGAAAGACCGAAGAGGGGUGGUUGUAUGCGAUUGAGAAUGACACGAGGACACUCAAGGACAGUCAGUGUAUGCGAGGUGGGAGAUUGAGUCACGUGGAAGUUCUAGGACUAGGAUGGUCGAUCCCAAAUAGCUGGAAUAAAGCCAAAGAAGAAGAAGAGUAGGUGCCUCAUACCCCAAGAGUAGGUACACGUACCCAUAUGCGUACCUUCUUGUUAGGUUUUAUUUGUAAAAAACAUAAAUAGGACGUAAUUUUAACAUUAUUAUUAAACAACAUGGUAGUCAAACAUUUUUACAAUAGGUAUAUAUUAUAUACCUAUUUAGAAAUACAUACAUUUGUUGAACGUUUAAUUCGUGUAAUAAUUAUUCAUUUUUGUUUUUAACAAACACAUUGCAUGAAAUAAAAUGUAAAGCAUGUAUGUUACUAUAUUAUAACUUAAAAUUAACAUUUUGAAGAUAUUUUUGACAUAAAAAUAAACAAUAACAAUAUCAAUUUUUUUUUUUUUAUCGAUAAUCGCUUUUUUUGACGAAAUUCGUGUUUAAAAAUGACAACAAAUUAAAUUUUGUAAUCUUCAAAAAAUAGCUAUACUCUAUAUAGUUACGAAUUCAGAAAUCCUGUAACAAUAUCAAUUUUAAUACGAAUUAUGAAGUUAUUUUUUUUUUCCUUUUGUCGAGUAAAAAAAAAAAUUUAAUUUAUUUAAGUAUUUCUAAACAUAAGUAUACUAUAUACAUACUAAAAUAAAAAUUUUUCAAAAUUAUAUUCGAAAUUAUAAUUUUUCGUUUAAAAUAGUUACAUGCUUGAAAACCGGGGGGAGCUUUACACGCUCGUAGAGUGUGCUUUCCUAACUCGUUUUUUUCUCGCUUUUUCAAAUUUUUUUUUAAUCGCUUUAUGGGAUCGUUGAGUUUUUUGAGGGUUUAUGACGAUGUUUUUAAACGGUUUUUUUUCACUUUAAGUUCUAUAAGUGCCCCGAACCCCACGAAGAGUAUCGGUGAAAAUAUACAGGAUAAUAACAUAAAAUCGGCCUUUCGAUAACCGCACGAUUUAAAACAAGAAAUCGUCUACAUGCCACUCUUACGAAGUGGUCGGAAUCCAGCAAUAAACACUUUUAUAAAAUACUAUACUAGAGCUAAUAUAUUCAAUGUGGAAUAAUUCGGAAACUCUCCGUUCUAUCCGUUCUACCGAUUAGGUACAAUAAAUGCACUCGUAUGAAAACGUCGAAACGCGUGGUAGGUUCCCGUUCGCUGAAAACCAAAGCGGCGGUAUCGCCUGCACGGGAUACCGCCGCACGAACAUCGCGAGAAAUCUGAAAUACUACGGGAAAACGGCUACAGCGUUCGCAUUUGCGCCCCAGAGUAGCCUAUUUGCGCCCCAAGGGAUGUGGACAGAUACACCCGAAAGAUAAGGUACUAUACCCGCCAAUGUAUAGCCCAUAUGCGCCGAAUUUGCAUACAACGUUGCUUCCGUGAUUAUUAUUUUAAUCACAUACGCGCUACAGUUUUUUUUUUUUUAAACUCGACGCCCACUUAUAUCUUCCGAAACCAAAUUUCCGCCGAAGUGGAAUUUAAAGUUAACGAAAAAUCAAACGUUAACGGUUCUUAGUAGUACGUGCUAUUUUAAAAUCUAUUUUUAUACGCGCGAAACUCGUGUUUUGUAAUUUGUGUAACGUAGUUGCACAACGCGUUCACAGGAAGAACUGUCAUGAAGUGCAAUAUUGUUAAGAUAAAAUUGGUUAAUAUCCAUAAGGGUGUAACGUAAAACCUAAAAAAUAGCGCGACAAAACGUUAGUCCGCAAUUAUAGUAACGUUGCGUCGUAUUCCGGCGCACAGGUCGGCAAUGUUGCGCGGUUUUUACGCGUUUUCAUUAAACAAUAUUUCAGCCGCAAAUGGGCCAUGGGUGCGCGAGCGGGCUGUUCCGGCGAAAACGCCGCCUUUACGGUACGUUCGAAAAUUCCGGAAAUCUGUGUCCGCAGUGUAAUAAUCUAACCGUAGAAACGGGACAAGCGCGGUUAGAGAUAGAGAGAAAAAAAAAAAAACAAAAAUCGCCCUGUAUGUGCACAUUACGAUAUUAUAAUAUGCACCACCGCGACUGUUAUACAUAAUAAUAUUAUCUCUGCGGUGCGGUCACGUGACACCGGUGAAUGUUAACGCGCGGCGGCGGUACCAAAGCGAACCGCGCGAGAGCGGAGUGUAUUAUUGGAAGGCCGGCCGCGGGUAUAAUUUUUAUUAUGGAUUGACCUCGGCAUUGAAGUCUCUUCGGGCCGAGACGGCGACCGUUCAACACAGUUAUCGUACCGUACGACUUCCUGACUGAUGGAAAAAUAGCCGCCGCUCGCCGUUUAGAUAGGUACCGAACGACCGGCGGUGCUGUGCCACAAACACACACACACACACACACACGCGUCUUGUAUACCCACACGCGACAAGCGGAGCUCUCGUGUUUUUGAAAAAAAAAAAGAAAAAAAGAAAAAGAUAAAACAACCAACAAUAAGCGCGCGAGAAACACAAUUAUAUAUACUGUUUUAAUACGGUUUUUUUCAACUCGGACAAUACGCUGCAAAAUAUUUCGCAACGUGCACGCCGCGGCGGUUUCUCACGGUAUCGUACGGACGGUAAUUAUUCAUUUUUUUUUUUUAUAGCCCUUUAUCGUUACGUAUAUAAUAUUAUACGUUUUCGGUUUAUUAUAAUAUUAUUGUUUAUCACUGAAAUUAAUAAUUACUAUGCGCAUAUACCUACUACACGCCGUCAUAAUAUUAUUAUUAAGUAUACUUACCUACCUACUUGUAAUUAUUUAGUAUGUGUCCGAAAACAGCGCGACCGCUGUUGUUAUAAGUCUCUCCUUCAGCCCACAUUAUCGUUCUUGUCCGCCGACGUCACUUCAGCGGCGCGUCUUCAGCGGUACACACUAAUACUCGAACCCGUCCAUGUUAUUUGGUGAGUGGACGGAGUGAAUUUUUUUUUUCUUUUAGAUUUCUAAACACGACUUCGGAACACUCUAUGUCCAAGUUGUGUCCGUGCGUAUAGUUGUUAGAGUACAUAUUAUUACAAUUUUAAUUGAAAUAUCAAUAUUAAAUAUAAAUCCAUACUAUCCAAUAUUGAAAAAUUGAUACCGAAAUAUUAGAAUACUAGGUGAGUUGAGAAAUUUAUUAAUGUCCGGUCGACUAUUUCCGAACUAGGAUGUGAAUAGUUUAUUUAGUUUAUCUAUUUAGAUUUCUACACAUAAGUAAAACAAAUAUACGACGAGGUUACGAAAUCUGUCGAAAAUUUUAAAUUGAUAUUAUAGUUUGUUGUUUGCAAUACGUUUGUAGAAACCAGGAACUUAGCAAACUCGUAGAGUAGGAUUUCUCAACUUGUUUCAACAAUUAUUGUCACCUGCGUUGUAAUAUUUUAUUCGUUUUCGUUUGUUUCUCAAGAACGCAUUAAAAAUGGAAUCUUCGUCGUGCCGUUACGAUUUGUCCGCGAUCAAAAAAUCACUGGAAUUAGCAGAGACGCUGGCCAGCGUCAGUCUAAUGACGCCACCAGCUGCCCGAAGACGUUUACAGGCCAGAAGCGUGGAACUGGGAUACACGGUCAUACCGGGCCAACCCUACGAACCUCCCAGGGAAUUGCUUCUGUACUUGGUUCGGUAAGUUUAGAAAUUGAUUAUUUUUUUUUGUUAUAAUAUAUCCACGCCCGGCAGUAUAAUAUUCGAGUCGACCAUACCCAAUUAUUAGGUUAAGGUACCGGGCGUUUCGCGGGAAUUUGACGAAUGUAAUAACUUUUGCUUGCGCAAUGAUUCUUCAACUAUUAUUAUAUAUACAUUAUAUACAUUAUAUUACAUAUAUUAUUCAGCUAUAUGUUCUUUGAAAUUAAAAACAAUAAAUUCAAAUGUUUAGAAAACAUUUUUUUCCAAUAAUCAUUGUAUACAUAUAUAUUUUAAAACAAAAAUGUUUACCAAUGAUGAAUCGUUAAUUGUCUACAAUUUUUUAAACUUUACAAUAAUUUUUUAUCGUGGAUAAAUUAGUGAAUCGAUUGAUUAUAUUAUUUAGUAUUGGCAAUGAAAACAAUUUACUUAAAUUGUCGUAAACUUCAAAAAAUAGUUGAAAAUUAACGACGCAUCAUUAAUAAACAUUUGUAGUACCAUUUUUUUAUUUUUAAAUCUAUAAUAAUAAAGUGGUCAUUUUAGAAUUUGUAAAAAAAUUGUAUUUUUAGUUUUAAAAAAUAAAUAUAGCCCAAGAAUUUAGUAAUUAUUAUAAAAAAAAGACAAAUUUAAUAUACUUAAAUAAUAUAUAAUUUAAUAACAAUAAUAAUUAAUAAUAUAUAUUAUAACAUAUAAUUUAAUAUUGCAUUUAAUUAUUUAGUCGAUAAUAGAACAAAAGUUAUUGCAUUUGUCAGAUCUCCGUGGGAAACUCUACAUAAGCUUUAGGUAUGAACUGUCAAGGCGAUGCUUAAAAUAAUAUUAAUUUUCAUUAUUAAAAAUAUUAUUAUUUAUUAUAUUAGCUUAAAAACAACAGUUUAAACAAGACGUGACUCUUAAUAUAUUAAGAGGUCGACAGAAACAAUUAUUAUUUUUGAUUAUUUACAUUAAACUAAUUUGUUGUUAUUCAUUUGAUUGAUCGAAGUGUCCGCAGUGACACCAUCUCAUAUAUAUUAUUGACACACUCGUACCUCACCCAUACUUCUCAUACAUAAUUUAAACAAUUUUUUUUUUUGUAUCUGUUAGCUAAUUUUCUACCAAAAAUCUUAUUCCGAUCAUCAAGUGUAGAAUAUUUUCUUAAAGAAAACUUUAUUUAAUUGGUACAUAGGGGUAAUUAUUUUUGAAUUGAGGAAAACCUAAAAAAAUGGAAAAAAUUAUGCAAUAAAUGGUUUCAUUAUAUUUUAGAUUUAGUUUUUUUUGUUUUAAUUCCGUUCAAAAUUUCUCGAAAUACUUAUACUAGUCAAUUUUAAAGGUAAUAAAACUAUCUAAACAUUCUGAAAAUUUUUAAACAAUUUAUGUAGGUAUUUGAAAUUUUUGUUCUGACCGAACAAAAAUAUUAAAAAAUUUAAUAUUUUAUUUUAAGUAUAAUUACUACGACAUCACGAAAAAAAAAUUAUGGGCUAUGUUGUAUUAUUUUUUAAUAAGAGCUUAAUUUCAAAUUUUAAUGGGAACCGUAAAAACUAUUGCAUCACGCGUAUCUACUCGUAUUUUUAAAUGUAUGUAAAUAUAAUUAUUUUGGUUAAAAAAAAAAAAUUAAAGUUUCUUAAAUGUAUCUUAAAAAAAAAACAGGGUAUUUCAAAACGUUUUUUUUCGUUACGCGUUUUGAUAUAUUCUGUAAUUAUUAUACCCGCAGUGAUAUUCUUUUUGAAAUGAUUACAUAUAGGUAUUAUACUUAUACUUUAAUCGAGUAAAGUAAUAAAAUAUUGAUAAGAUAUUUUGUAAUAUUUCGUUAUUGAUUUAUUAAUAAACAGAGUUAAGAGUUUUAAACUAUAACAGAUUUGUUUUUUCAUUUAUUCUAUAAAACUGUAGUUAAUUUUUCAAAAAAUAAGGUUCAUAAAAUGUCGAGAAUACGGCAUUUUUAGCCUAUAUAUUUCAAUUUUUUUUUUAAAUUUUUAAGAAUUUAUUUUAUUAUAAUAAAUAACUUGUUUACGAAUUUCGAGGGCGCAAUAACUAAGCAAAUUCAAAUUAACAGACAUAUAUGCACGUAAUUUUAAAUUGAAUUUCAACUUAUUUCGACAUUUUUUAAUUUAAUUGUUACCUAUUAAUUGUAUGUAAUUUAAUAUUCAUAAUAAUUAUCCAAUAUAAAGUACAUAAAACCAGGUACUGUUUUUUUACUUGUACCUAGAACUAGUUAUUAAACACUAAAAUAAAAAAAAUUUAAUUACACAUUAAAUUAUGAUUUAUGGGCAUUUUGCAUACAUUUAGCAUAUUUCAAAGUGAGUAUAGAUUUUAACGUUUAACGGUUUUAUUAAAAAUAAUAAAAUUUGAAUUCAAGCCAUUUAUAUUAAUUUGGUACAUUUUAUUUUUAAAGUAAGUAGGUUUUUGGUACUAUAUUUUUUCCCUUUUAAAAUUCAUUAGGUACCCAAUAUAUUUUUGAUAUUUAAAAUUAAUUUUAUUCUCACUAAAUUUACCACUCUAAAAUUCGUUUUAUAUAUAACUUUCAAUUGUUUAAAUACAAUUAAAAUAAACAAUUAUGUGUUUACAAUUAUGAAGUAGCUAAAAUAUGAAUACAUACCUAACGAAAAUUGUCUUUUUAUUGUCCUAUUUAAUUGAAUACCUAUGAAACCUUAUUGAAAAAAAUGUAAUAUUUUUUAAUAAUUGAAAAAAAAUGCAAUAUUUUUAAUUUACUUGAGUAUCUAAUGUUUUAAUUGAGUUUGAAUUCAUAAUAAUUUAAAUUUUUAAUUUGCUGAAUCGAUUUUAAAAUGUCUUAGCUAUAUUAUCAUUUAUAAGUUAUUAAAAUAUUAUGUAAAUUAAUAUAAUUCUCGAAUAGAAAUUUCUUUAAAAAUAAUAAUUAGCACCAAUUCUAGGUAAAUAAAAAUAAUAAUAAAAAAAUAAUACUUAUUUAGUGUACUGCAUACUUAACUUACAGUACAUAAAUUAUUGAGGAUAGACCUCGUUAUUGAAUUUGUAGCAAUCAAAUUCAGUUUUCUGAUUAAGAUUGUCUUUUAAACAGUUCAUUUAGUAGUUGUAGUAAUAGUAAUUCUAUUGAAUUCCAACUUAAUAGACAAUAAAACAAUUAAUUUAAUUGAAACCUUACACAUGACCGCAACACGUCUUUGACCCUUAUGAUAAAAUUGUAUAGAUUUUAUGUUGACACAAAUCAUCAGUGGUAAAACAAGCGCAGAACCACUUCUUUCAUAGUUUCAAUUCACAAUAAAUUGUACACAUUUUAUUAGUGGAAUACUGUUGGUGCAAUAUUAGUGCGCAUUUAUCAAUGGAUAUAAUUCUGUAAGUUUUAAAUAAUAAUUAUUCUAUUAAAUUGAUAAGUAUUUGGUUUUCGUUCAAGAUAAACGGCCAUGGUAGUCAUACGUGCCAAUAAUUAUAUUAAAUUAAUUUGAUAUCACAAAACGAGUUGGUAUUAAGAAAAAAGUUAAAUGUCUAUGAUAUUAACCUAUUUUAUUAGAUAUUCCAUACGUGGUAUAAUCUUGCUAGGAUCACUUUACAGUUAGUAUUCAUUUUUAAAGUAGAUAAGUACUUAAAUAUCUACAUUGCAUAAAUUAUGUAUUCGAGUGUAGAAAUAAUGGCACAUAGUUUAUUAUUUUUCAAGUUACUUAUUACACUACUAAAACGUUUCAUUCGAAAAUCCAUACCUAUUCAAUUUCAUUACCUACAUAAAUAAAAUGUCAAAUUUAAUAUAUCCAUAAAUAAAUCUAUUUGAAUAUAGUUGUUCAAUAUUAUAAUUAUAUUACUCGUACAUUCUGAAUAUAUAAUUUAUGAUUUUACUCUUUAUUCGUGUAUAAAAAGCUUAAAUGUUGUUAUACAUUUUUAUGAAACUAAAUUAGCAGACCUUGAUAUAUAAAAAAAAGUAGGAAAGUUAAAGACAUAAAACGUUUUGCCUUGAUGAAAAUAUACACCGAGUCGUUAGAAUUAGUCUGUUAUAAUUUUAGCGUUAUUGCCAAAAAAAAAAAUAAAUCAAUAUUUGUAAAUUUCAUAAACUGCAAGAUUUAUCUGCUUUCGUCAUGAGUCAUGACAGACAUUAUUUUUAAAGACAAUUUGACAUUGAAAACAUAAUAGAAAACAAACUAAAUCCACCAUUUUGAAUUGCCUAUAUAUGAACAGAUAUUACCAGUCAUAAUAAUUAUAGGUGGUUACUAGUUAGUGGUUAUAAUAUUUAUGUUGCAUUGGUGUUACAUUUCAACGUUUGGCCGACGAGUAUAUUAUAGUAAUAAUAAUAGUUUUUGAAUGUUUAUUAUUGUAUUAUAACCAGAUAAUACAUAAUCUAUACCUAUGAUGUUAUAGUUUCUUCAAAUGUAAUAUUUUAUUUAAAUAUAAAUUGCUCAUUUACACCUAGUCACCAAAAUUAAAACUACAAUGGGCAAUACAUAAAAAGUCAUUAAUGUCUUUUAAAAACAAUUUCCAUUUUAGAAACAUCAAUUGUAUUUAAAUUACAGCUCAAUGCAAUAUUGCAAAUCAAUGCGAAAGGUAUACAUAGCUUUGAAACGGGGAUCGGGGAUGACACAUCAUUAAAAUAUUUGAGUGUCUCGUCCUGGUUCUGGCAAUAAUCAUUGAGGCCUAAAUCGAGACACUGCUUGUUGUGACUCAUAUGUUCCGAAUUAAUCUAAAAUAGAGUUGAUGAAAUAUCUAAUACGGAGUUUUAAAGUGGACGGUUCUUGAAGGUUUAAAAGUUAAAACGUCAUAAAAUAACAAAAACAAACAAAAAUAUCACAUUAUCAUUUUGUUUGAAUAGAUCUAGCAUUUGUGUGACAUAAUAUUUACAAAAAAAAAAAAAAAAACUACAAACAAUUUUCUAAGAUUUGAGUUAUAUGUUUUUAAUAGUUGACGGGUAUUUGGUGUGCACUUGCUAUAAUUUUAACAAUAUCGAAGGUCUGAAUCUUUUGAUUUGCCUAUACUAUUGUAUAUUAUCAUUAUUAUAAGUCAUAGUAUUAGGGAACGUGUCAGUAUUCUUGGAAUUAUUCCAGUUUCUACCAAGUCAAUGUAAUUUACGUUAUUAAACUACCGGUAAUAAUAGUAAAUAAAUACUUUUUACACCCCGAAAAAUAACCCGCUGAUAAAUUCGUGUUUCAUUUGUAUUAUGUUAUUAAUUAUUAUUAACUAUUUUCGUUGGUUUCCAUAAUAUAUGUCAAAUAAAGAAUGCCGUAGAAGCAUAUCAUUAUGUUGUACAAUAGUUGUGUCCGUCGGGAUUUUCAUUGUCAUGGUUCCCCCUACACUAUUAUUAAUUUUAUAAAAAUAGAUAUUAUUUUAUAUUUAUUUUAACGUAGAAGUGUCAUUGUCUUUCAAUACUUGUAUAUUGUUUUGUCGAUGGUAAAUUAAUUAAGUUUUAUGUAGAAUGUAGGUACUUUUAUAUUCACUUAUACCAGUAAUAUAAUUAAGUCGAUAAUAUUCGGUAUCGUGUUGUCAUUGAGAGGUGCUUACAUUCUAUUAUUUCAAAAAAAAAAAAAAAAACAAAAACUCAACAGCUGCUGAGCUCCGUCACUGAAAUCGAAUUUUCCCCCAGUUUACUUGUUGCCGUUCUAAUAUUUAAUGUUUUUUUUUCUUUUUACAAUAUUAUAAUGAACGGAAUAAAAAAAGUUUUAUCAAAAUAGGUAAAACAGUUCUAGAGAUAUUUUUUAACAUAUAAACUGCAGACGGGGCCGGUGCAAGGAUCGGGGAUGGAAGUUCAAACCUUCUAAAGCCACAUCCUCGCCGUAAAUUGUUCCGUUUUCCCUAUACAUCCUCAACGACUUUAAUGGUCCAAAAUAAAUGCUGCAAAAAAAAAUCUUUCUUUUCGAUUUUUGUUUGGAGCGUGAUUUCUAAUAGAAAAUUUGUACAAAGACAGAAGAGAAAAAAAAAUUACCAUUCACCAUAAUAAAACCAAUACAUUCUCCCCUACGCUCAGGAUUACCUAAACAUCAAAUAAUGUCAUAGUAGAUACGUAUUCGGUGUUUUUUGUAUAAAAGGUUUACACCGUUAUGUUUUAGAGAACGGUUUAUUUGAAUUAAGGGCUUUAGGGUAUUUACUAAUAUUUUCAAAACCUUGGCCUCGAACAUAAAAGAAACACGAUUUGUUUCCGCCCACUUGAACUAUGUUAAUAAAUAAUUUUCAUGCAGAUACACAUAUAUUAUAGUUAACGUUAAGAAUUGAUGGACAUUUUUUUUCACGAUGGCGUUUGAAUAAUAUGUUUAACGUACACGCAUAACAUAAGAUACCUAUUCAAUAUGGUAUCUUAAUAGAAGUUAGUCGAUUUUGAAAUACCUGCCUAUUUUCGGUUUCAUAAUAGAUAGCAAGUUUAUCAACAAUCUAACCUGUUUGGUACGGUACUAUUGUUAUAAUACAUGUCAUAAAUAUUUCAAAUACUAAAACGUGGGCACGCGUUUACGUUGUACAGAUAUUGUCAUAUUGUGGUGUCUAAAUAACUGUUUUUAUUAUUAUAUUUUUUUUUUCAUUUCGGAUGCAAAAAAACUAGGUGCUUUUAACCGAGCCAUUUGGACGCUUCGUUUUGUAUUGCCGCUAUAACAUAAUAAAAGAUCAUGCAGUUCAAAAUCUAAAUAAAAAAAAAAAAAAUAAAACGAAUCUAGUGAAAUUUCGUUAACAAUAUUAUUAUAUAAUUAUGCGCCGAUACGAUCAAGAAGUUCAUUUUCUUGCGGAAAAAAAAAUACAAAAAAUAAGUAUUUUCUGUUUGCUGCGAUAACUGUGAAUAUAUUUAAUGUAAACUAUUUUUACUUUAACUAGUUGUAGUAUAGUGGAGACUGAGUAAGCCCAAAACAAAUUCAAAACUGAACCUUUUUUUCUUUUAAAAUCAAGUUUUUAGCUAAAAUAAUAGAUAAGAUAAACAAAUAUAGUAAAUAAAUAUAUAAAUAAAAAAUUUAAAUACACGAAUAAAUGAAUAAAUGAUUCAAUGCGUCGCCCGGAGUAUUAUGAUAAGUGUAUUAUACGACCGAUUUCGAAUUAAAAAUUCACCAGGUAUAUCACCGUCAAAAUGUAAAACGCGACUCAAACUGAUUAUAAUACUCCAGGCGAUGCAUAGAUUCAUUUAUUUAUUCUAUUUUUAUGUAUAAAUUGUUUAUUUAUAUAUUUAUUUACGAGUAUUAACCGUUUUAAUAAUUUUGUUUUUACUUUAUUAUUUUUUAUAAAAUAAUAGGUAUAUGAUUAUAAAUUUUGUCUGUCGGAUGUCUGAGAAUUCAUUUUUAAAAUUUUUUUGUUUUUAUUAACUUUUUCAUUUUAAAUGCCAUAGUAAAACGGGACGGUCGUAUACAGUUAUACGGAAUACUUCCAAGUUUGUAUUUUUGAUUAUAUUUCCCCUGAACCCGUAUGACCGUUAUUAAUCAGUGUCUCGAAUUUGGUUAAAUGGUUGGUUUUGAUUGUUUCGUAUAAUAAUGUGAUUGUCUUUUUUCGGGGAGGGGGAGGGGGUGGCAGUUGUGCAGUAUUCAUGAAUAUACUGCGGUAACGUAGUUGACAUUUUUUUUUUUAUACAUAAAACUAUAUUGCACUUUAGAGCCUACGGAUAAGAACGUUUUAGAACUGUGCAUACCUGUUUCAUAGCAAUGGUUUGAAAAAAUUCGCCUUUACGAAUUUUAUUAAAAUCAAUGAUUUUUGGAGGCAUUUUGUUAAAAAUUUCGGAGGGAGAGGCCGAUUCCUCGGGCUCCCUUACUAGCUUGACUAUACGAAAUAAAGAUCAAAAUAAUUUUCUUCGUCAUAUCGCAACAAUUUCAUAUUGGUUGAGUUAUUUCGGCACUUCAGGGAACACGCACUACAUUAAAAUACUAUUGGUGCGUUUAAGCCUUAAUCCUUGUAAUUAUUAAUUAUCGAAGGAAUAAUUCGUAAUCAUUUUUUAAUAACUACACAAUGCACCUAUGUAGUUCAAUUAAAACUGCACAUUUUGUUACAGGUUGUUGCAAGACACUGUUGUACUCGAUAUUUAUUUUACGAGUAUUUAUAUAUAGUACCUAGUACACUAUAAAACCUAUGAUUUUUCGAUUUAAACAAACAAUUACAAUGCAUAGACAAUUCGGAUUAUAUAUUAUUGAAUAAUUAAUAAUAAUAAUCGAUUGUUGAGUCGAUUUCGAGUUAUAACCGACCAUAAACUUGAUAAGUACAUAGGCGAGUAGGAUUACCUACACAGAAAAAAAUCUGAAACCUUUCGGUAGACGGUCAAAUUUUAUAAGUUCCCCUCGGAUCUGAAAAACGUUCUUCGUGUUUGCAACUCACAUCAGUCACACUUAAUAAUGCUGCUGUGUAAAUAAAAUUCUUUUAUCCUUAAUUAAACUUAAAUUUUUACCUCCGAUUCACUACAUAAUUUAUACGAUUGCGCCGAGUGUUAUCUCAUGUUUUUGAUUCAAAUUUUUGCUAUUUUUAUAUAGUUUAUUAUUCAUUUUCACAACCGUUUGAACUGAUGUAAUCAGGAGUUUUUUUUUUAUAUACCGCAUGUGCAAAUUACAUGAUUUAUUAAUAUAAUGUAUGGCCGUAAUUAUUUAAUUACAAUGGCUCCCCGUUAAAGUAGAAAUUUUUAUUCACACAUUGUUAUCAUGUUUUAAAUUCCGUAUAAUAUGAAAGUUAACUAAUCUCGUAUAAUGUGACUUGUCGACUUUGGUGAUUUUCGUUUUUAAACGUUUCUUCGGGUGAAGUCGCUCCGCGGAUUUCUGAACCGUUCAGACGUGUAUACGAUGUAUAAGGUGAUGUAUAACAAAACAAUCGGGCAUUUCUCAGCGUAUUACGGAUGAACGAUACUAUUUGGACGGCCUAAAAAAAAUUGUGUUUAAAAUGUUUGGGAAAAUUAUUUUCGGGUUAUUACGUAGCCUGGUGCUCGAUACUAUUUAUUUUUACCCGAAUUACAUGUGCAUGCAUUUCAAAUCGGGUUUGUAGUCUUUAGAUACAGUUUACCAUUAAUAGUCGAUAACAUUUUGAGGAUAAUCUCGUCGGCGUUUUAAAAUUCUAUUUAUUUUUUAAAAAUAAUAUCGCAAAAAAAUGCGGACGAAGAUAUAGCACUUGUGACAAUGUGACAGCAACGGCCUAAAAAAAAACCGUGUGUUAUGUCGAAUUAAUUGUUUAUAAACUUAUUAUUAGAUUUCAACUUAUCGAUCAGUAGUCCGGCACUAUUUACAAAAAAAAAUAAAAAAAAAUAAUACCAAUAUUAUCGAACGCGUAAUAACUAAUUGUCUUAUGGGUAGGUACAUACUGGUAAAACUAAAACCGACGUCUCCCCUGACAGACGACUUUCCCGCCGCACCACCGUAGACCACGAAAAAUGUUUACUUACCCAAGGUGACACAGACAGGGCGUAUCGUUAGCUAUUAAUUAUGUCCGCCCGAACACGCGAUUUCUGGCGGCAACACGGUGAGCGCACGCAGGCCCGUACCUGGGAGUAUUUGGAGUGUUACGGGAGGAGUAGCUGCACUGAACGGAAUCUAAUUGAAAGCGAAGAUUAAGCCGAUUAGGUACAUCGACACGAUCAAAAUUGUUUUAAAGCCCAGUGAUUAAAUAUUAGUGAAACGAAAUGAAUGAGAUUAAACGAGCGCAAUGAACAGUGAAAAAUGCUUUGGAAAAUACAAAAAAAGUUGAUACAUUUCACGGGUAGAGUUUCCGGAGCCACCCCCGAGUUAAUAUUAUUAUCCCGAUGUCGGAUGUGGACAUCUUUACGCAACGCAACGCGUCCGUAAAGAGAGCGCCCUGCGACAGGGCACGGAAACAAAAUAAUAAUAUCGUCGGUGACGCGCGCGCGUAUAGAGUACCUGUUAUUAUAGACAGACGCGCAUAACAUUUAGAACAUAAUAAAUACAGGCGUAUUGUACCGGUGUCGGCGGCCCGACCUAACCUCACCUAACCUAACCGGGUCGAGGCGGUUCCCUCCGCUCCCUCGCCCAACCCCCCCACCGCCACUCGGCCGCGCGUAGGCCGGCGAUCCGGAAGGUAGAGGCGGGGGCCGCGCGCACAAUCGGCGGCACGCGACGCGUUACGACGGCCGCCCGACCGACCGACCACAUUGUUGUCGGCGGGUGCCAGAUUGACGUUGGCGAUACGGCGCGCCGUCAACUUGACAAUGUUACGGGCGGCACAUGUACGUAGUAUUUUUUUUUUUUUUUUUUUUUUUUUUUUUUUUUUUGUGCUUUCUGUUUUGUCACACUACGGCGUCGCCUAUUUCAUCGCGGGCGAGCGCGCGCACGCGCACGCCAGAAGAACCGUGACGUAGGCAUGCGAAGUGCGUGCGGCUGCGGCGGCGAGUACGAAAAUAGCGUGUAACGCGUUGUAAACAAUACAAGGUGAUUUUAUCCACCCGCGGGGCAGGCGUUUCGGGUGAAACCGAAAUUCCCGGGUUUAUUUUUUUUGUUUUUCGUUUUACAAUAAAACACGUUCUCGACGUUUUGCCCCCGACGUCCCCGUGCGCCCCGUAAUACAAACGCGCGUUCGAUGGGUCAUCGGACAUCGGCUACGCGCCCGUCUGGAAAUGCGUUGUACGAUAAUAUUGUGGCAUUUAUAAUAACGCGUAAACGGUCCAUGCCGUCCGGCGGGUCACGGCGCAUCGAAAACGUCACGUUUUGAUGCGCCUCGGAAACGGGCGGUUGCCGUUUGAUAAUGCGCAAUGCCUACUAUUUUUUGAGGUGUGUCCGUAUUAAAAAAAAAAACGGUGAACGUGUGAAAACAGCGUUAAUAUUCCGUAACGACGCGAAGGAAAAAAAAGAUAUACAGUUAUCGAAUUUACUCAAAACCGCCGGGUCGAAAAAAUCAUCCUGUAUAUUAGCGUGCAUGCGUGCGUGUGUGUGUGUGUGUGUGUGUGAGUGUGUGUGUGAACAGAAAACGAGCUGCACGCGACAAGAAUUGAGAAAAAAUAAAAAAAAAAAAAUGUUAAAAAAGGCGUUAUUUUACACGUCGAAUUUGCAUAACCGUGGCGAAUCCGUGUGGCGGCGCGCGUAGGUAUAAAACGCGCACGGCGUCGGCGGCGGACGCGAGUCGUCGGCGUGGCGUUUUCGCCGAUAGGUUUUUCGUCGCGCGCCGUCGUCGUACCUAAAACCCGGCCCCGAGUAAAAAAAACCUCUGGUUUUCUCCGGUUCCCGUAGUCGUCGUCGGUACAUUAUUUUCGCCACGGCGAUUUUCGCUCGUCUUCGGUUUUUCCGGACGCGGCGACCGGGUCGUCGUCGGGACAGUAACACAAACACCAUGUCGUCGCCGGAAAACUACGUUUUCCCGUCCACGCCGGUCAUCGCGGACGGGCGGCACUGGUCGACUACUCCGGUGGCGGCGGCGGCGUCAUCGGCCGAUUUCGUUCGACUGCACGGGCCGCGGUACAAGAGACUCGUGUUGGAAAGGUCGGUAACCACAACAACAAACUCGCGGGCGGCCGCCGGGUAGCGGGCUGGUCGCGGGACAUGACCGUUAAUGACCUUGUUGUACCGUGUACCGACCCGAAUGUUCGUGGCUAUUCGCUAGCGCCGCCUGCGUUAUCACGUGCUCGCGCUGAUUACGCGUCCCCGGACCGUGUUGUUGUUUUAACCGCCCAAUACUGAUAAUAUCCGAUAAUCUUUUCGAUAUUAUUAUUGUUAUUUUUGUUCCCCUUUGUCGUUAUUAAUCGUCAUUACUCAAUCGCGUCAGUCGUCGUCGUUAGCGCUCCGAUAAACAGUGUUCUUUUUUCGAUUACCUAUUCUUUAAUAUUGCUGUAGAGCGAUCGCGCGCGCGCGCGCGCGCACAUUACACGUUCCCCCCCAAGGGGGAAACUAUUGUGUCUUCAACCGUAUUCGUGGCGUAAAUAUUCUUAUUUGGCCAUUUGCCUUCGACACAGUUUUAGUAAUAACAAUAUUAUAAUAUCAUAAUGUACUACUUGCGGUGCGCCGAGAAUUUCACACGAGAAACACUGUACGUAUUUUUUGACAAGGUCCUAAUCUCAUCCUCGUUCGGGUCCGAAAAGUAAACGUUUACCAAUUUUUCAUUUCUUUUCGUUAUUUUGCUUACCAUGACGUCGGUCGGUCUGUUUUUUCGGUAUUCGUACUAGGUGGUAGGUUACCUACAACUUGCUUGUCGGAAGUACACACGAUGAUUAGGCCAAUAAUGCGCCGAACCACCAUCCUCACGACACCCCGAAAACUUUGGCCGGGCAAGUAUUACUGCUCCAACAGUACUGGUGUCGGCCGCCCUAGUAAAUCGUCUGUCAAGACGAGAACGGCGACAGUGUUAAAAUAUAUUUGGUAAGAGCCCGUUUUACACAUCUGUGCCUGUGCCCGACAAGUAAUGUUUAAGCGACUGACAUAUUAUACCCAUAUAAUCAUAUUAGUGUUUUAGCGUAUUUACUGUUUAGGCACAUAGAAAUAGUGGUUUAUGACCGUCCUAAAGAUAGUUAGACCUACAAUACAUAGUGAAUCUGUUAAUUUUGAUAUUAAUUAGAAUUGAUCAGCCAUUUCUUUUCUUUUUGAUAAUCCCAAUUAAAUACUUUAUAUGAUAAUAGGCACUCGACAGUCAACGGUAAUUGUAAACAAUAUAAAAAUCUGAAAAAAAAAAAAAAUACAUAAUUUAGCUUGUUCACUAUCUGCUCCUAUUUCCUUUUAGAUAUAAUUUUAUUGCUUGAAAAGCAUACAUGUGUCCUGCUUUUCUUGUCCUGUAGUGUCAUUUAUAGUAUUUGCCCUAGUGAAACUUAUUAUUUGAUGAGACUAACAGUUAAUCCGAGUAGCAUUUAAAACAAAAUCCUUUCUACACAUUUUUUUAUUACUAUAACUAUUGUACUAUGUGUAGAAUUAUUGAUAAGUCAUAAAUACUUUAUAAUAUCCAUAACCAAUGAUAGAAUCCAUAGAAACGUUAUUGUUGUACACCAUAAUAUUUUUUUCAAAUUAUAUUUAGUUUAUUAAAUUAACACAAAUCAAUAAGGUAACCACAAUGUUUACACUGACAAAUAUUUUCAGGAUGGGAAGCUUCACGUCUUCUGUGAAAAUAGACAAUGAAGAUUCACAAGACAGAGAUUUGAACUUUGACUCUCAAGCAACAUCUCAACAAUUACUUGACUAUUGCCGUACGCAUAACGAUCAAUGUCCUCAUUCACAACUUAUUAAAAGGACAUUUCAAACGAUUCCGCAUGGUUAGUAUUAGAUACGUAUUCAAAACAAAUUAUACAGAGUUUUGUUGUUCCUGUUAAAUACAAAAAUUUAUGAUUGAAACUUACUAAUAAAGCCAAAAAUAAAUUAAAAUGGCAUUUUAUAAAUAUGUUGAGACAUUUUAUAGAUUGGUAUGAACUUUUUAAAGUCUGUUAAUAAUUUUGAAACAAUUGAUGCCUAUUUGAUAUUUUAUUUGUUAUAUUUUGAUUACUUAAAAAAAAACUUACAAGGUACAAAUAAUCACUAAGAAAACUUAAAACUUAAAUUAAAUAUAGUUUCCUUUUAUUGAUUUAUUUAAUUUUAUUUAUAACCAUUUCUCAGAACUCAUAUUUAAUUAAAUUAAAUUUUUCAUUUAAAACUUGGUUGUUUUAUUUAUUAUUUUAAUUUUGUUUUCAGUAUAAAAUACUUGGACUAUAUGUAUAUUUAAUAACAUGUAUUCAAUAUACUUGUAUUUAAUAUAUAAACUGUAUUUUAUAUAAUUCAUUUAUUUACACAUAACAAUAAGAAUACUACUUUUCUUAUAUUUUUUAUAAACAAUAAUUAUUAUAAUUUAUAUUUUUCAGACUCGGCUAGUGUACAAGGAGACUCUGUAAGAGUUUUUCAAUGGAACGUUUUGUCUCAAGGUAAUACAAUUUAUUAUUAAUAUUAAUUUAGCUAAUCAUUUUGCCAUAGUAACAAUAACAGUAAUAUUAUUAUUUUCAUGUAAGCAUUGGGACAAAAUAACGAUAAAUUUGACUGUUGUCCGUUAGAAGCUUUAGAAUGGAAACGAAGGCGGUGUCAUAUGCUUGAAGAAAUCGUAAGACAUAACCCUGAUGUUAUUUGUUUACAGGUAAAAAUAAAAAAUUAAUACAUUUUUAAAAUAUUUUGAUUAUAUUUUAUCAUUAUUUUAUAGGAAGUCGAUCAUUUUGAUUUUCUUAGCAGAGCUUUAGCAACACAAUCAUAUAGCGGUUUAUUCGUACCUAAACCAGAUUCGCCAUGUGUAUACAUAAAAGACAAUAACGGUCCCGACGGAUGUGCAAUUUUUUACAAGAAUAAUAGGUUUGAUUUAUUGGAAAAGCACGAUAAAAUUUUACAAGUAUGGACAGUGCACAGCAAUCAGGUAAACUACAGUUAAGUGAGAAAAUAAAUGUUUUCAUGUUAUUAUAUUUGUAUUCUGUAAUUUUUCUAUAGGUAACUUUAUUAUUAAUACUCAAAGACAAGUGUACGGGACAAGAGUUAUGUGUUACUACGACUCAUCUUAAAGCUCGGAAAGGAGCAUUGUUAUCCACUUUGCGAAAUGAACAAGGGAAAGAUCUACUACAAUUUAUAUCUUCUUAUGCGGGUGAUCGUCCAACAAUUAUCUGUGGCGAUUUUAACGCUGAACCCACAGAACCGGUUUAUAGUACAAUGUGUAGUUGUCCAGAUUUACCACUGGAUAGUGCAUACAAGGUGUCUGGUUUGGAACCACCUUACACUUCUUGGAAAAUUCGAGGAGGUGAAGGGGAAGUUAUGCACACCAUUGACUACAUGUUCUACUCUAAAAAUAAAUUGACUGUCAGUAGCUUAUUAAACAUGCCAAUAGAACGAGAUAUCGGUGAGAAUAGAGUACCGUCAAUGUCCUAUCCAUCUGAUCACUUUUCUUUAGUCAGUGAUUUUUACUUUAAUAAAAUAUCAAAAGACAGUGAAUAAUUUUGUUUUAUUAUUAUUAUUAUUAUAUUUUUUUUUUUUUAAACUUAAAUCAUAUAAUUGAUACAUGUAUAUAUUAUGUAUAUGCACUUAUUUUCCAAAUUUUAAAGGUAGGUCUUUUUCUGUCUAGAAUUUGACAAAAUAUUAUUUAUUGUAAAUUAUUCAAAAGUUUGGUGAAGUUCAUGUAAUUUAUUUUAUACUUACAUUUUUUUUUUUAACUAUUUAACACUCAGUUUUUUAUUUUAGUUUUGAGGGUUGAGUACUUUUAUUUUUAUUUUUUACAAAUUAUAUUUUAUUAGCACAGCUAAAGAGCUAAAUUACUAUAACUUAUUUCAUGAACGCUAAUUGGAUUUAGUACCAAUCUACGAUGGUGACCAAAUGAAAAAAAAACAAAUUUAAUUAAAAUCGAGAUCAAAGUAUUGUAUUUAUAGAUAUUGUGACUUGUUUAAAAUUCUGAAUUAUUUAUUUAAUUAUAUGUGUUUUAAUAAAAAUUGCAUUAGCUGUGAAUAUUUAUUUCCACAGUUCAUAGUUACGCUUUUAGAGAUAAUAUCCUCUCUUUUGGCAUUAGCUUCAAUAAAAAUAAUUUAUAAUUAUCAAUAUGUUAUAUUAUGUGAAUACGGUUUUUGUGUAAUUUUGAUUAAUUGCCAAUUGUCUCAAGCGGACAUUUUAUGUUUACAUAAAAUUAUUUAUUUUUUGAUCCUGUUCCAUCCGCCUUGGCAAAUAUUACACUUGCAAUUCUCAUCUGUUUGUCUCUAACAUAAGUUCACUUUGAUUAAUAUUUAGAUCUUUGAUGAUCUGAUUCUUGAUUUAUACGAUUGUUAAUCCAUUCAUCUGUAUAAAACUUAGGAUCUGAUAUACUUAGAGCCGUUCUUUUGUACAAGUAAUAGUGCAAACACGAUGCUGUAAUCAAAACAUAACAAAUUGCAUUAUAUAUUUAAAUAUUUGUUACAGAUAUUUUUAAUGAUACAAUCGGUAUCAAAAUGCGAUCAAAUUAUAAAUUAUAAAAUAUUAAUUUUUGUUACCAAGAUAAUUGGUUGUACUUGAAUAUUGUAUUAAAUUGAAUAAUUAUUAAAGAUUUGUUUACAUUUUUUUUAUGUACCACCGGGACACUAUAUUUGUUAUUUAGAAUGUGCAUAAGUAGAGCUUUGAGCCAGUGGCCGGUAUAGAAUUUUUAGGAGGGCUCAACAUUUUUCAUUUUAAUUUUGUAAACAUAAUAUUUAUGGUUUGAUGUUAGGCCUUCAAAUAAACUAUAACUCGAAUUUUUCCAACAUGACAAAUUUCAAAAUAUAAUUUAAUUUACAAUUUAUAAAAAAAUUUGUAACAGUUAAAAUAUUACAAAAUAAAGAAAAAUAAUUUAGGUAUAAUGUAUUAAUUUAGUUUGUAUAUUAUUGUAGGGAAAACUUUAACCACCUAGGUUGUUGUAUGAAAAGAUCUAAAACAUCUUUUGGUAUUACAUUAAUUUCUUUGCGAAUAUUAAGCAGUGGCACCCUUGAUUUUAAU